UAUUUUUAUUGAAACAAAGAAAAAAAAAAGAGAGCAACUAAAACAGAAAACUAUUGGGAUGUUAAACCUUGUUCAUGUGAAACUGAUGUAUCAGGCUGGUUUAACGGCAAGCAGCUGCAGUUCUCCAUGAGUUUUCAAGGUGCUCAUCAGAGACUUCUGAUGAAAUUUUGUUUUUCCUGUGCUUCAUCCUUAAAAUCAGUUGUUCACAAAUUUUAAGUACUGCCAAAAAAAAAAAACAAAAAACAACAACAAACAAACAAACAAACAAAAACCAACAAAAAAAAACAAUGGCAUGAAUGUGACAUGAUUGUGAAGUAAGGGAUAUUUCUCAAUCUGCCAAGAGAGUGCUUAUAAAAGGUUGGUAAAGAGAUAUGAUCAGUUUUUGGGGGGUUGAAUAUCUGACUGCAACUCUGUACAUUCCAUUUGAAAACUCUCAGGUUAUGUAUUCAUAUGGACUGAAAAUGGAGUUGUAAACAUAAAUUGAUGAUUUUUCUAGCAAACCUCUUUAUCAAAAUGGAAAGUAUUUCUCCCUAUUUGCAGGACUGUGUUUAGCCAAUGUACCAGAACGCAUGCAAUUUUUUUUUGCCAUAACUUGAGUUAGCACUGCACUGAGCUCUCCCUGUAUCCCAAUUUCAGCGUGACAGUGCUGAUCUCACUUACUGUGAGCACUGAGUGAGCACCAAGGGGCCAGGCUGCUUAUGGGACAAGGCUGCUGCCAUGAUGGUGUAGGGCUCUGGAAGAAUUGCAGGCAGCAGCUGCAGGAUAGGCUGGGCUGGGCCACAUGAGCAUGUCUGGACUGAAGGUUGUGCAAACAAGCAGCAUGUCAGAACUGAGUCUUAAAGGCCUCAGACUGAGAUGUUUUACUUCUUUAGCCAAGAAAGUGAUUUUAAAUUUAACACCCUUCAAUAAGCUCAUGAGCUCUAAGAAGAACAUGCUAAGGAUAUGUGACUGUAGUACUUGACUCCACUCAAAUGAAGUUAAACCCCAGGGAGGAAAAGAUAUAGGGCUUAAAGGUAUAAGGGAGUGGAGGAGCGAAGUGGGGAAGAGAAAGGAAAAGAGCGUGAAGGAGAACAGGGAAGUAAGAGAUGCGAAGCUGUGUUCCUCCUCCUCCACCAAGACAAGGACACCUCUUUGGUGAGCACUGUGCCACCCUGCUGGGUGAAGAACGCUCAGGCUGGUCUGCAUCUUGCUACAACUACCAUCGUGCAUUGGCGCUACUGCAGCUCGUGAAUUUAUCAGUGGCAGCCUGGAACCUGUUACAUCUAUCACUACAGUAACUCAUCUAUUCUUUUUAAAUCUUUGUGAAUCCAUCCAGGGGAAGCCCUUGUGGGAGGCAGGCAAAGUCAAACUGCAUUCAGCACAACACCCACUCAUGCGGGAAUGGGGAUGUGGCUGACCCAUAGUGCUGCCAGUGUAAGGCUGGUCAGUGAGAACUCGUGGCAGAAAGCUCUAUGCUACCUGUGCACAGAGACUGUGAUUUCCAAACUAGAGCACUGGAUUCCUGCUCCCAGUGAGCUUCAUAAUAAAAUUAGUAUUUUGAUUAAUUUUGAAAUGUUGUGAUAUAAUAGAAUCAGGGAGUAGUAAAAACAAACAAGCACAUGAAAAACCAACAACCAACUAGCACUAUUCCAGAAAAAGUGUAGGAAACAGUGACAGAUUUAAUGGUCAUCUUCAAUUAGGCAUCAAUUAUAUAUAAUUAUUGGAAGCAGGUACAAAUUGCUGCUUUGCUUUGACUUAGUCAUAUCCACACGCAAUUAUUGCAAUUGCAGCACAUACUGCCAAAUUACUGCAGGAAGCGCAGUGGUGAUGUUUUACUUUCCAGGUAGCAAAGGUGAAAUACUGAGGAAACCUGUGCGUUCUGAGGAAAGCCAGCAGGGGAGCGGUUACACAGCAGUCACCGGGAUUUACGUACAUCACAGGGACGAUGGCAACAAACGGUGUAUUUACAUGUUAGAGGACUGAGCUGGCAACAAUGAUUUCCUCACUGAUAACACCUGCUUUGGGUGUAGUCCUCAAGCAACCCUUCGUCAGCGCAUUCUUUUUUGGCAUUACAGUAAUGCUUUUAUAGCAGAGUACCACACAAAGCUCUUUCUAAACAGAAUGCUGCAUGCAAGCUUCGGGAAAUCAGGUGUGAGUCUUAUCUGCAGCAAAACCGUGCAGUCCACGAUCUGGCCUUACACACAGAGCUAGAAUCGCUCAGGCCUGGCCACGCGGGAGCAGAACCGGGACGCUGGGAGCAAGGUGGCAAAUGGGACCCAGAGGUCUGACAAACACAGCUACUGGGAGCGGCGGCAGGCACAAACGCGUGCCCCGCAUUCUGAACACUGAGAGGCUCCCGUUUUCCACAGACGGGAGCGCAGCGGAUCACCACGCUGUUUUUAACGCGCUGAUCCCAGGGGCGGCCGGCUGGGCCGCAGCUGCGCGGGACCGCUAAGCGGUGAGCGCUGCAAACCCGAGGGCUCCGCGGCCGUUGUGCCCGCCAUGCCCGCUCUGCGCACGACGAGGCGGCGCCGGGUUCCGGCCUCAGGCCCCCGCGGGGGCGGGGCGGGCCUCUCGCUCGAUCGGCGUAUGUAAAUAGGUCUCAUCCCGCUGUCCAAUCAGAGGACGCGAAGAAGACAGCACGCUGUCCUAUUGGCGGGCGGUCCAUGGCGAGAUGGCGUGUUCCCCGCUCCUGAUCGAGCUCCGCGCUGUACGGCGUUCGCAGGGCGGUUGCCCUGGCGACGCGGAGGAUGACGCGUCGCGGGCCGGGCGUGCCGGCGCGCCGUCAUUGGCUGCGCGAUCGGGCGAUGGCGGUGGCCGGCGCGUCGUGCCCCGGGUGUCCUUGUCCGGGGAGGAGCGGCCGCCUCAGUUCGCAGCGCGGCGGGAGGGAAGGAAGGAGGAAGGAGCUCGCUCGCGGCCGGGCGAUUUGCUAAGUGUAGAAAAACAGUCCUGAAAAUGUUGUCCAGGCUCUUUCGAAUGCAUGGCCUUUUUGUGGCCUCUCAUCCAUGGGAAGUCAUUGUGGGAACAGUGACCCUUACAAUCUGUAUGAUGUCAAUGAAGAUGUUCACUGGGAAUGAUAAGAUCUGUGGCUGGAAUUAUGAGUGCCCAAAACUUGAAGAAGAUGUUCUGAGCAGCGACAUCAUAAUCCUGACAAUCACACGCUGCAUAGCAAUCCUUUAUAUAUAUUUCCAGUUUCAGAACCUAAGGCAACUCGGGUCAAAAUACAUUUUAGGUAUUGCUGGUCUCUUUACAAUCUUCUCAAGUUUUGUUUUUAGUACAGUUGUGAUUCACUUCUUGGAUAAAGAACUGACAGGUUUAAAUGAAGCUUUGCCAUUCUUCCUGCUUCUGAUUGAUCUUUCAAGAGCAAGUGCACUAGCCAAAUUUGCACUAAGUUCCAAUUCGCAGGAUGAAGUGAGAGAAAAUAUUUCACGUGGAAUGGCAAUUUUAGGUCCCACAUUUACCUUGGAUGCACUUGUGGAAUGUCUUGUGAUUGGUGUUGGUACUAUGUCAGGAGUGCGACAACUUGAAAUUAUGUGCUGCUUUGGCUGCAUGUCUGUUCUUGCCAACUACUUUGUCUUUAUGACCUUCUUUCCAGCUUGUGUGUCCUUGGUAUUAGAGCUUUCUCGAGAGAGUCGUGAAGGACGUCCUAUAUGGCAGUUGAGUCAUUUUGCUCGUGUUCUGGAAGAAGAAGAAAAUAAACCAAACCCUGUAACACAGAGGGUCAAAAUGAUUAUGUCACUGGGUUUGGUUCUUGUUCAUGCACACAGUCGCUGGAUAGCGGAACCAGCUUCUCAGAAUGGUACAGUAGAAAAUGCAGUGGGAUUGGAUGAGAAUGCACCAAGGAGAAUUGAACCUAAUGUUUCACUGUGGCAGUUCUACCUUUCUCGAAUGGCCAGUAUGGAUAUUGAACAAGUAAUCACUCUUGGCUUAGCCCUUCUCCUUGCUGUGAAAUAUAUUUUCUUUGAACAAGCAGAGACCGAAUCAACGCUUUCACUGAAGAAUCCCAUAACAUCUCCUGUGAUGGUCCAGAAAAAGGUCCCUGAGAAUUGCUGCAGAAAACAAUCUGGACUUCUGAAAAACAGUCAGAAGACUAAUACAGUAGAAGAAGCUUUUGUUGCUAAAGAUGGAAAUGCUGAAGUCAUAAAGCCUGUGUUAGCGGAAUCCUCAGCCAAAGCUACAUUUGUAGUUGGCAGCUGUAACCCUGCAGAAACUACAUCAGUUCUUAAUAAAAAAGAGGAAGAAAUUGAAUUACCUAAAGAACCACGUUCUAUUGAGGAAUGUGUUCGUAUACUUGGAAGUACAGAGAAGGGAGCAAAAUUCCUUACUGAUGCUGAAGUGAUCAGCUUAGUUAAUGCAAAGCACAUUCCUGCGUACAAACUGGAAACCCUGAUGGAAACUCAGGAGCGAGGAGUAUCCAUUCGCAGACAAAUGUUAUCUCAGAAACUCCCUGAGCCCUCAUCUUUGCAGUAUCUUCCUUACAGGAAUUACAAUUAUUCUUUGGUUUUAGGAGCUUGCUGUGAAAAUGUGAUUGGAUAUAUGCCUAUUCCUGUAGGCGUAGCGGGACCACUAUAUCUGGAUAACAAAGAGUUUCAGGUUCCAAUGGCAACAACAGAAGGAUGUCUUGUGGCAAGCACAAAUAGAGGAUGUAGAGCAAUAUAUCUUGGUGGAGGUGCAAGGAGCCGCAUUCUAGCAGAUGGAAUGACUCGAGGACCUGUUGUAAGGCUGCCCUCUGCUUGCCGAGCUGCAGAAGUGAAAGCUUGGCUUGAAAGUCCUGAAGGCUUUAAAAUAGUGAAAGAAGCUUUUGACAGCACAAGUAGGUUUGCCCGUCUACAAAAACUUCUCAUCAGCUUGGCUGGUCGGAACCUUUACAUUCGUUUUCAAUCCAAAACAGGGGAUGCAAUGGGAAUGAAUAUGAUUUCAAAAGGUACUGAAAAAGCACUGGCAAGGUUGAAUGAAGAGUUUCCUGAUCUCCAGGUUAUAGCUAUCAGUGGUAACUAUUGUACAGACAAAAAGCCUGCUGCUAUAAAUUGGAUAGAGGGAAGAGGGAAGUCUGUUGUCUGUGAAGCAGUCAUUCCAGCCAAGGUUGUUAAAGAAGUACUGAAGACAACUACGGAAGAUAUUGUUGAAGUGAAUAUAAACAAAAAUCUGGUGGGUUCUGCUAUGGCUGGUAGCAUAGGUGGCUACAAUGCGCAUGCUGCAAACAUUGUUACAGCUAUCUACAUUGCCUGUGGUCAGGAUGCUGCGCAGAAUGUGGGCAGCUCUAACUGCAUCACCUUGAUGGAGCGUACUGGUUCCACCAAUGAAGACCUGUAUAUCAGCUGCACAAUGCCGUCUAUAGAGAUUGGGACUGUUGGAGGAGGCACCAACUUGCUACCACAACAGGCCUGUUUGCAGAUGUUAGGGGUUCAAGGUGCAAGCCAAGACAACCCUGGUGAAAAUGCCCGCCAGCUUGCUAAAAUCGUGUGUGCUACAGUGAUGGCUGGGGAGUUAUCGCUAAUGGCAGCUCUUGCAGCUGGGCAUCUAGUCAAAAGCCACAUGAUCCACAACAGGUCAAAAAUAAAUCUACAAGAUCUUCAAGGAACCUGUACUAAGAAGGCGGCUUGAAUACUACAGCUUUGAAAUGAAGCAACUGACUUAGGAGUAAAGGGGAAAAAAUAAUAUAAUCUGUGAAGCUUAGAAUGAAAAUCACCUUCAAGUCACUGAUUUCUAUGGACAAUAAUUUGAAAGAUAAUGGACUUGUGUGAGACUACUUAUGCCUUUUAUGUUCUUCAAUGAUUAGAGAUGACUUCAUGAAAGUGUUGUCAGCUGUCUUAAAUAGAGUUUUAGAACUCUUACUCUUUUGCAUCAUUUUCUGAAGGAUCAGUCACAUGUUUUUACAGGUUGAGAUUAUUUUGACAUGUAAACUGGUAAUUACGAAGGUGAAAUAUGAUAUGUACUUUGUACAGUUGUUUUUUGUUGUUUUUUGAGGGGGAGGGGAAGUCUUGACUGUUUCUGUUUGUCUAACCUUGGCUUUAAUGCAUUGGUCCUUCUAUAGUGAUGGCAAACCUAAUUGUUUUUCAUGAAUUCCCAGUUUUAAUUUUGCUAAAAUGUUAAAGUUAGGUCUUACGCUUUGAGACAGUUUUUAUCUAAUCACACUAACCCUACAGAAACCUAUGUCUACUUAUAGUACUUAAUUUUCUGCAGUUAAGCAACAUCAAUGUUUAUCUUCACAAUUUAGAUUAUUACUUUAAGAAAAACUUGUGACCUACAAAGUGCUAAACUGUUAAAUUAUAGUAUGUUCUGAAGUAGGAAAAAAACCUGUCUUAACUGUUCUGUCAUUUAGUACAGAUACAAAAAAAAAAAAAAAAAAAACAGAUUUUAACACUGAUUUCUUGUCAGAGAGCUUAUUAAUUUAAAUAAAUGUGGUUUCCUGUCUUUUUUGGAUAGGAAUGCUGCAUUCAAACAAGGAUCAGUAACAGAUGUUUACAUUUCUUUUAAAAGAAGUCUCUCAAAGUUCAGUGUGUUUGCAUAUUACUAAUUUUUUUUGUUGUUGUUCUUUGUGUUUGACACUUAUUCUCCAGAAGAGAUGUGUAUCCACUGCUUACACUGAGAUAAAUGAAGUCAGAAAAUCACACUGUUCUUUAAUACUACAGGGCUGGUUUUUUUUUUAUGUUUUAAUUCCUUUUAAACUUUUUGAGGGGGAAUAUUUAUUUUAAGAUUUUUUUUUUAAUGGAAAGUACUAAUUAAGGGAAUUCAGUGAAAUGGCAUGUUAAUGCAACAGAUUUUGUAUUAAAAUUCUGUACUUGGACCAGUGAAGCAGUCUCAGGUGUUCUUAAUGUAAUACAGAAAACACAGGUGCGUUCUGGAAGAUUGCUGUCAAUAUCACCCUAUGUAGCUGAUCAUGGGAGGAAAAUUGUUCAUGUGCUUGAUGACUUUUUUUUUUUGGGAAGGGAGAGAGAGAGGGGUACUUGAGUGGCAGAUCAGUAGAUUGCCUAGAUGGGUUUAUUAGAGGUAUGUGGUGGCACUUUUAAAGGGGUGGCUAGCAGAGGUGCUCUUUAAAGUGAAACUGCAGUAUAAGUCAUAUGGGUUGUUUUGUAGUACAUCACCACAUCAAUAUUAUUGUAAUGAGCUCAUAAAGCCCCUGUGCAAGCAUGAAGACAUGCUACAUGCUAUAUAUGCUGUGACAGCAUGUAAAUAUCAUGAAUGUGUAUCUUCCUGCAGUAUUGUUGUUAAUAGCUGCCAUUUUAUUUAAGGAAGAACUACUUUAUUUCUAUGUUCAUUCAGUGAGCUUAUUUAACAUUGUACUGACAAUAAAUAGUGGCUCAGUGUUCAUUUCGGUGGAUAUAACUGACAUUCUGUCUUGCAGAAUUAACAUUUUGUAUUAUUACUAAAUUGUGUACAUUUUGGUACAGAACUACUUUUUCAGUUUCAGUAAAACAAUCUCAAACUUA